GCGAGCGCUGCCGUAUCCGGGCAGACCAGCGGCGCCGCAGCCAAUCAGAAAAAAGAAGGGGCCGCGCGCGCGGCGAGCGAGGGGCGCGUCCACUUUCGGUUCGCGCGGGGGGCGCGGGGCACGUGGCGGGACCCCUCCCCUCCCCCUCCCGGGGCCCCCCGAGCCGGACGGGACCAGGACGCACAGCGCUGCCAUGGCUGACGAGGAGCUGGGCACCAGGGCCACCAGGAGGGGCCCUGUGUCAGCUGGCAGUGCCCGGGGCGGUGCCACCGAGUCCAGCACGCUGCUCCAGGAGCUCCGGGGCAACAUCUCCAAAUCCGUGCAGAGCAAGGUGGACUCCAUCCUGCAGGACGUGCAGAAGUUCUCGGACAGUGACAAACUCUACCUGUACCUGCAGCUGCCCUCGGGGCCCAGCCUGGGCGAGAAGAGCAGCAGCAGCUCCUCCUCGCUGGAGCUGAGCACGCUGGGCACGGCCGAGCACAUGCACGCCUGCAGCUGGAUCCGCAACCACCUGGAGGAGCACACGGACACCUGCCUGCCCAAGCAGGACGUCUACGACGCCUACAAGCGUUACUGUGACAACCUGGGCUGCCGCCCGCUGAGCACGGCCAACUCCGGCAAGAUCAUCCGCGAGAUCUUCCCAAACAUCAAAGCGCGGCGCCUGGGGGGCCGUGGCCAGUCCAAGUACUGCUACGGGGGGAUCCGGAGGAAGACCGUGGUCAGCCUUCCUCCCCUGCCCAGCCUGGACCUCAAAGUGACCGAGACGCAGGCAGAGCUGGCCGAGCUGGCUCACUCCUACAGCGCCGAGGUGACGGAGGCCGCGUGUGCCCUGACGUGUGACUGGGCCGAGAAGAUCCUGCGGCGCUCCUUCAACAACAUCGUGGAGGUGGCGCAGUUCCUGCUGCAGCAGCACAUCAUCAGCCCCCGCUCGGCCCACGCCGACCUGCUCAUGGCCAUGGUGCUCUCAGAAAACACGGACAAGCCCCCCCAGGACCCCCGGCCGCCCUCAGCCCCCAAGAAGAACGGCCCGGACCCCGCGGAGAGCAGCCAGGAGCAGGCCAAGAAGGACGCUGUCCCCAAGGUCCCCGCGCAGCCGCGGCCGGACAAGAAGAAGGCGGCGGAGGCGCGGGCGGGCAGCAGCCCGCAGGUGAGCGCGCUGGUGGCGCGGCUGCCGCUGCUGCUGCCCCGCAUCCCGGCCCGCAGCCCGCCCGUGCCCGGCGCGGGCCCCGCGCCGCCCGUGCUGGUGCCGCGGCCCGGGGGCACCGUGAGGGUGGCGCUGCCGCUGCCCGUGGCGCGCGCCGCCAUCCCCGUGCUCAACGUGCUGCUG